AUAUCACAAUGUAUUUCGGGUUUGCACAAAAAAGUCAAUUCUAAAGUUGUUUGCAAACAUUCGACAUGUAUAGAUCGAUGGUUUUCAUCCUAGUUCUCUGUGCUGUGAAGAGCCAUGAUGUUCAAAAACGUGGACUUAUCUUUCCACCUACUACUUUGUAUGGAAUAUUCUUCGCUGUGGCUGUACCUCUUGAUAUUCCCGAUAAAAAUGUCUUCGUGUCAUAUAACUUCGAGUCCAACUACGGUGUCGUGACUAACAUUACUGAAAUUGAUGAAGUUCUCUUCCCCAAUCUACCGAUCGUUUCUCGUCACAGCAGAAGUAUAACAAGGGAAUUGGCGUACACAGUAUUAGAAACUAAAUUCCAAGAAAACGGCAUGAACGGAAGAGAAUGUUUGCUUCGUAACAUCUGCGAGGCAGCGGAGACUCCGCUACAUCACAACGGCCUUCUGGGCCACAUCAUGCAUAUUAUUUUCACGCCUUCAGCAUCAAAAGAAGAAGGCAUAGAUGACAUAUAUUAUGAAGCAGAGGCAGAUGGACAGAGAGGCGACUGUGAUAAGUACUACAAUGAAUGCCCGCUAAGCCUCUUUGACAUGAUUACUCAACUAGUUGUAACCAAACAUUAAACAUACAUUUGAAUGGGU